UCCACGUGCUGCUUGUUUCAGGGCUUUGUUCACCUACGAAGGCAACAGCAAUGACCUGCGGGUGGCCGGCACCGGAGAUGGUGGCCUGGAGGAAAUGGUGGAGGAGCUCAACAGUGGGAAGGUGAUGUAUGCUUUCUGCCGGGUGAAGGAUCCCAACUCUGGCCUGCCCAAAUAUGUUCUCAUCAACUGGACUGGUGAAGGUGUGAAUGAUGUGAGAAAAGGAGCUUGUGCCAACCAUGUCAGCACUGUAGCAAACUUCUUAAAGGGUGCCCAUGUAACGAUUAAUGCUCGGGCAGAAGAGGAUGUGGAACCUGAGUCCAUCAUGGAGAAGGUUGCCAAGGCUUCCGGUGCAAACUACAACUUCCAUAGAGAAUCUAGCAAGUUCCAGGACUCGGGCCCGCAGGCUCCAGUGGGCUCCGUGUACCAGAAGACAAACGCAAUGUCUGAAAUCAAGAGAGUCAAUAAAGACAACUUCUGGGCCAAAGCAGAGAAAGAUGAAGAGAACCGGCGGCUAGAGGAGAAGAGGCGAGCAGCAGAGGAGCGCCAGCAGCUGGAGAGAGAGCACCGGGAGCGGGAGCUGCAGGAAGCAGCUGGGCGCGAGCAAAGGUUUAAGGAGCGAGCCAGUGAGAUCGAUGCUCAGAAGAAAUUCCAGCAGCAGCAGGAAGUGCAGAACAGAGACAAGGAGAAGCAGCAAUGGAAGGAGCAGGAAGAAGAGUACGAGGCCAGACAAAGGAGGGGUUUCCGAAGGAGCGAGUCUGUGGAGAAAGCUCAGGAAGCAGCAUCACUUAUAGCACAAAGAUCUGUGAACCCACGAGACAUCUUCCGGCAGAAGGAAAGGUCCAUGUCUGCAGAAACAACAGCUGUCUGUUCUCAGCCAGGCAAACUACGGAGCCCCUUCCUGCAGAAAGAGAGCAGUCCUGUCCAGACGCCUCCUUCCCCGGUCCAUUCAGCUGUGCAAGAAUCUCAUCCGUUUGCUGCUCAGGAGAUGCCUCCAGCCUCCUCAGUGCCUGGGCCAGGUGACUCUUCUGGGAAGGACACCAGUUACCAUCAAAGCGUCGCCAUUUCUCAGGCACAAGUGGAAGAGGAAGAUAUAUACGAGGAACCACCAGAUGAGUCUGUCUAUGAAGAACCCCCUCAGGUUGAUGGUGCCAAAUAUGACUACUCUGCUCAGUACCACCAAACACAGGACCUGGAGGGGAAAGGAAUCUGUGCCCGGGCACUCUAUGACUACCAAGCUGCUGAUGACACUGAGAUCUCCUUCGACCCUGAGAACAUCAUCACCAACAUUGAGAUGAUCGAUGAAGGCUGGUGGCGUGGCUAUGGUCCAGAUGGCCACUUUGGCAUGUUCCCUGCCAAUUAUGUGGAACUGAUUGAAUAAGUGGGUGGCUGGGGUGUGAGGAUUGGAGCAGGGCCUUCCCCCUUCCCUUUAAAAUGAACACGUACAUGUCUUGAUCAGAUCUGAUUUGAUUCUCCAAUAUUUCCAUUGUGCAGCUUUCCUAAAGAAGUGCCAUGGCCUGAGCUGAUCACAGCUGCAAUAGCCACCCAGCACAUCCUCUUCUCUAUCCCCCUUUCACUGUGCCUGGGCUGGUACUUCAAUGUGAAAGUUUGAAACUGGUAUUAGUAAUUUGCAGAACACUUUACCUAUUGUUAUUUUGUGUUUUGAAAAAUGCAUCUUUUGGGGGAAUGAGGGAGGGACAACAGCUUAUGCUCAGGCGUUCAGGGAACUGACUCUCCUCUUCUAUCAUUGCCUUCAGAGGGAAGGAGCCCCACUUCCAGAUUCUUUCAGAAGUGCGAAUUGGACAGGCUCUGACUUGGCAUUCCACUGGGAACAAUGACAGAAUCCUUGUCUGUCCCUACAGAAUUAAUGCUGUGAAGAUGAACACCCAAAAGCAGGGGAAAUGCAGGGGUUUCUGUUCUAAUGGCAUCACUUGCUCUGUCUUGCUAUGCGAAGCGAAUUUAAAUUACUUGCGUAAGCUGAGCGUAAUAGCUACACGGGUGGCGUGCAGUCAAGUCAAGAUGACUCACAGAACCCCGACUCUUGCAUUUCCUGCUGCCUUAGUGGAUUCAUGUUUGCAGGUGAUCUCUUUUCUACUGUGAAAGAGUUUGUGUGUUAAUGUCUGCUUUAAAGGAAUGGAACAGAGGAAUCCCUGUAGCAGCCUAACAUGGUGGAGGUGUGCAGGUACCUGCAGCUGUUCUGAGGGAAGUAGCUGGGGCAGUGUGCAACACUACACAUGGAGCAACAGUUAGCCAGAUAUAGGAUAUAAUAUAUAGGACCAAUAUACAUGCUAGGAGAGACUUCCUUUAAUCAAUAUAUGUCCUUCACUGUGGACAAGCAACAGAGACACCUCUUAAUUUCCAAGCAGUCAUUAAGCUUUAAGUGUUUGAGAGUUUGUUUGGUUUUUGUUUUUUUCCUCCUUAAGGUAAAAAAAAAAUUAUUUCUCUUCUCCAUUUAAGGCUGUCUUCUCCAACCCCAACAUCCCCUGUUUGGGACAGAGAACCCGUUGGGGAAAUGUACUGUGUGAAGGAGAACUCUUGUGGGAAAUGGAGCAUGGCAAAACUGAAGGUUUCUCAGUGAAACCCACCUUCCCCACAGCAAUCAAUACUGGUUUUUUUCCAUCUUUUUUGUGUUCAAUCUAGUCACUUCACUGUGUUAAUCUAGGCCCUUGGAUUGCUUGGUCUUGCCUCCUUUUCCCUAAGUUUCCCUCAUUGAGGCUGAUUCUAAGGUGGGGGGAAGGGGUUGGAAAACCUGAAGAUCACAGUCCUAAAGAUGCUGGAGAGGAGUAUUUCUCUCCAGUCUGACAGGCCUGUUGCUGGAUGCUGCCUCUCCUCUCCACUGCAGUGAGACUAUCCCAUCUCCUGUCCCCUCAUGAGUCCAACCUCAGCUGCAGCCAGAUGGGUUCAGAGACAUUUUCUAUGCCCUUCUAAUCCUGGGGGCUCCAGAAGCCAUUCAUCGCAUUCCUUCCUCUCACCUUAUUUCCCAGCCUUGACAGGCUUUGAGGACUUAUUUGUGUGAGCUUCAUCUUCCUUUCUGUACCAUCUUCCCUUUCCCCUUGUGGGAGUGUUAACCGGAACAAUAAAGGGCUUUUCCUGGGUGAUGGCUGUGAGCAUGACCCCCCUGGGGCUUGUUCAUUCCUAGAAUUGGUGAUGGCCAGAGAUUACCAUGAUUGCUGUUGCUAGCAAUGAGAUGAGCUUGAAUUUUUGCUCUUCAAGCCCUCACAAUGGAAAGCAGUUGCUCCAUAUUGCUAGACAGGAAAAGCUCCUGUGUUAGGACAUAUGCAGUGCUGAGUUCCUGUGUCUGCCCUGAAAGCAUUUAAGCUGCCCUUCUUGGCCAGGGUGUCUCUCAGCCAGGUAUUCAGCCUAUUGCCACUCUUGUCCUCCAGUGCCAAGAUGGUUGUUAUUAAUGGUCACCUGCUUAGAUUAUCAGCUGCAGAGACUCCAUUGUAAAACCAGAAUGGAGUGGCAGCCUGGACCCAUUUUAACACAUGCCUUUCAUCCAGUGGUUCCACUUUUUGUCAGUAAGAGUAGCUUUGAGGGUAGGUGUCCCUAUUCUCCCCCACCCCUAUCUUUCUCUGCUAUGAGGACAGAAAUAAAGAGUGAUUCAACUUC